AUGCCUGGACUUACGAAUCGCGACUCCCACAUGGGUUUCAAGCCAAUAGGAUCAUACCCACCCACCGGAAUUGAUGUCCUCAUUGUUGGAACUGGUUUAGGUGGACUUUCUGCUGCGCUCGAAUGCAAGCGCAAAGGCCACGAGGUCCGAGUGCUUGAGCGAAACGCCGACAUUAAUGUAGCUGGUGACAUGUAUUUCAUGGGGCUCAGUGGAACUCGCUGGUUCAAGCACUGGCCCGAAAUCCAAGAAGUGUAUCGCGACAUCUCCCUUCACAACGCCUGGAUUGAAACGUACAAACACAGCGGAGAGAUUAUGAUCCCACCCAAAAAGGUCUCCGAACGUCUCCGCGCCGCAGGACUUGAUCCUAACCUUGCACCUGGAGAGUUUCAAAUGCGCCCGCUGGUUUACAAGAUGUUCCUCGAUGCCGUUGUAAGGACUGGUAUCAAAAUCGAGUUCAACCGGAAGGUAGUGGACUACUUUGAAGACGUUAGAAAGGGGGGCUGUGUUACUGAUGAUGGCACGCGGUACGAAGCAGACGUUGUGAUUGCGGCCGACGGAGUUGGCUCGAAGAGCCAGAAGCUAGUUGGCGGGCAGGUGAGAGCGGAGUCUUCGGGACGUGCUAUGUGGCGUGCUGCGUUCCCAAGAAAGCACUUGGAUAAGAAUCCUGAAGUGAAAGAGUUCUUCAAGAUGCAGCCGGGUAACGAGCCGAUUGUCAGAACAUUCUUGGGGCCUUCUACCUAUGCUUUGACACUUUCGCGCGAAGAUGUUAUGGUCUGGAUCAUGAACCACGAUGUCACUGGUAGCGAAGAAGAGAACUGGAAUCACACCAUCGACGCCGAGGAAGUACUUCAAGGCAUUGAUGAUCUUCCUGGGAAAUGGUGCAACAUCUUCAAAGAACUGCUCGGUGGAAAAGAGAAUAUCGCUGAGUCUGUCCGUGCACAUGUCCGCAUGAGAUUCAUCCGAACUGCUUGCGCGCAAAAGAUGGGAUUAUACAACGCCGAACUCCUCCAGUCCACUGAUUGGGAUAAAGUCAAGCUGGACCCACGGCGCGCUGCCCCCAAGCAUCCUAAAUGGAUUUGGGAACACGACCCUGAGGCUUACGCCUACGAAAACUAUGACAAGGCCAUCGUGAGCAUGGAGACGGGUGUCGAGAUGGAGGAAGAGGAUAGUUUCGAACCGAAUUACCCUAAGGGUUAUAGGUAUGAGCCAUGGGAUGCAUUUAAGAUUAUGGAGGAUAUGCGGAAUGGUGUAAGCUUGGAGCUGAAGCCUGGAAACUGGGAUUAG